UUUUACCGCAAGGAGCCUGUGGAUGGGCGCAUCACUGCUGUUGCCUUCGCUGACCUGCUGCUGGCUUACGCUGGGCUGCCGGACAAAAUACAGACCCGCAUGAUGCGACGCGUUAAGAAGAAGUUCAAGGGAAGCACUCGGUAUUUCUUCACGCUGCAGUUUUACCGCAAGGAGCCUGUGGAUGGCCGCAUCACUGCUGUUGCCUUCGCUGACCUGCUGCUGGCUUACGCUGGGCUGCCGGACAAAAUACAGACCCGCAUGAUGCGACGAGUUAAGAAGAAGUUCAAGGGAAGCACUCGGGGAAUCACUCUGGAGGAGUUCAUCAAGUUCUCGCGGUUCCUGAAGAACAUCACCGACGUCGACACGGCACUGACGUUCUAUCACAUGGCCGGUGCAUCCGUCGAUCCACCGACACUCCAGCACGUAGCGAAGACUGUCGCUCACGUUGACCUUGAGGAUUACGUCGUCGACGUUGUCUUCACGCUGUUCGACGAGAACCAUUAG